ACUCUUGCAGAUUAAUAUAACUUCGUGAAUAUCUAUUAUCUCGUGUUCGAUGAAAAGGAAAGUGAUGUAUGGGCAUGUUGUGUGUAGAGGAUAUAAUUUCUAGACAAUUUAAACUUAUAUUCUAUGCAUUGAUAAAAUAUAUUACUGCCAAAUGUUCUAGAGUAUGUUUAUACUUGUACAUACGUUAAAUCUCAGCAACUCGAGGAGGCAAAUUGUACUUGUAUGUUAAGAAUCUUCGAGCUGACAAAAUGUACAGAAUGUUUGCUAAUAUAUCGCAGAAGCAAUUAAUCGUCGCUGUUAAAAAAAGUUUUACGCAAACAAAAUACUUUAACACUUGGCAAAAAUGUAAUUUCUCCUCUCAGAGAGAACCUCCUGGUUUAGAAGGUUCUCUUACAAAGAAAAGCGUUACACCAUUUCCACCACUGACAGAACCUGUCCCUAAUUUGCCAAAAGCUGUUUAUUCCACCGCAAAAGAAGAACAUCAAACAACACAAAUCACAGUUUUAUCAAAUGGUUUAAAAGUAGCAUCAGAAAAUCGGUUUGGACAAUUUUGUACUGUAGGUGUUCUUAUUGAUUCUGGUCCAAGAUAUGAAGUGGCAUAUCCUAGUGGUAUCUCACAUUUCCUUGAAAAACUGGCAUUUGGUUCUACCAACACAUACAGCAGCAAGGAUGAAAUAAUGUUAGCAUUGGAAAAGCAUGGUGCUAUAUGUGAUUGUCAAGCAUCUAGAGAUACAUUCAUCUAUGCAGCAUCAGCACAACGUCAUGGACUGGAUUUAGUAACUCAAGUUCUGGGUGAUGUUGUUUUAAGACCACAAAUUACAGAUAAAGAGAUAGAAGUUGCUAAACAAACAGUACAAUUUGAAUUGGAGUCUUUACACACUAGACCGGAGCAGGAGCCCAUAUUGAUGGACAUGAUUCAUGCUGCUGCAUACAGAUACAACACAUUAGGCUUACCCAAGAUCUGUCCAGAAAACAACAUUGAAAAGAUUAAUAGAAAAGUUUUGCACACGUAUCUCAAGUACCAUUAUGUACCAAGUAGAAUGGUAGUUGCCGGGGUUGGUGUGGAACAUGAAGAUUUGGUCCAUGCCGUUAAUAAAUAUUUUGUCGAAGAAAAACCCAUCUGGGAGGAACAGACCGAUCUUAUUCUGCCGAAUAAUGAAAAUAGUGUCGAUAGAUCUAUUGCACAAUAUACAGGAGGAUAUGUUUCAGAACAAUGUAACGUUCCGACUUAUGCAGGACCUAGUGGUUUGCCUGAAUUGUCACACGUUGUCAUAGGUCUAGAAGGUUGUUCCCAUCAUGAUUCAGAUUUUGUUGCUAUGUGUGUGUUAAAUAUGAUGAUGGGAGGUGGUGGCAGUUUUAGCGCAGGUGGUCCUGGAAAGGGCAUGUAUACGCGUUUGUAUACCAACGUGUUAAAUAGGUAUCAUUGGUUGUAUAGUGCAACGGCAUAUAAUCAUGCUUAUGCUGACACUGGACUGUUUUGUAUCCACGCCUCAUGUACAGCGCCUCACAUGAAAGAAAUGGUAGAAGUAAUUGUACAGGAAAUGGUCGCGAUGGCAAAUGGAGUUACAGACACUGAAUUAGCGAGAGCAAAGAAGCAACUGCAAUCCAUGUUACUUAUGAAUCUAGAACAACGGCCGGUUGCAUUUGAAGAUAUAGGUAGACAGGUCUUGGCAACUGGUUCCAGAAAACGAUCAGAAUAUUUCAUACAAGCCAUUGAAGAAAUAUCCAAAGACGAUAUUAAUAGGGUAACAAGGCGAUUAUUGAAAUCACCACCUUGUAUGGCGGCGCGCGGUGAUGUGAAAGCUGUUCCUUCUUUAUCGAAUGUUCAAACUGGCUUAAUCGAUGCACAAGGUCGGUUGCCCGGUUCUCGUAGCAGAUUGUCACUUUUCCGUUAA